AUGGCGGUCCCCCAAAGGACACUCAACUGGCUCUACAGUGUCCUGUCUAAGGAUCAUUACGAUCCACAACAGACCUACCGCGACCCAAACCGGGCCUACCACGAUGUUGCCAAUGCGCUCGCCCAGUACCCUUCGCUCUCUCCUCGAACAGAUGUCUACACCUAUGAAACAGGAUUCUCCGCCCUUCUCCUGCACCUCGUGGGCACAUUGCCAGUGACUUUCCGAGGAACAACAUAUCGAUUUCCCAUUGCGCUUUGGAUUCCGAAUACAUACCCACGCGAGCCUCCGAUUGUAUAUGUGACUCCGACACAAGGAAUGACGGUCCGGGUUGGGCAACAUGUAUCGCUGGAAGGACAGGUGUUUCAUCACUAUCUGGCACACUGGGCCGAAGCAUGGGAUAGAUCUACCAUUGUCGACCUUCUUUCUAUUCUUCAAGAUGUAUUUGCCAAAGAACCCCCUGUCCGGUAUAAACAACAAAUGCCACAGCCUCCGCCCGAAGCAGCACCGACACCCCCGCCAUUACCCCCCUUCCACCAGGUGCCGCCUCCGCCUCCGCCGAAGCCAGGGGCAGCUAGUGAGCAUCAGCAGCAACAACAACCACACCCGGCUGGUCAAUAUCGAUCUCCCCCGCCGCUGCCUCCACUACCACCCAAAGAGCAAAAGCCUCGUCCACCAUCCUCGGCUACACAGGUUUUCAGCCCGGGAGUUCACUCAUACCAACAAUAUGCGCCUCCAGGUCAGACUGGGACACCGAUGAGCAGCCCUCGUCCCUCAACACACCCACUAAUCCAUCAGUCAGCGGGGCAGUCAAUAUUACCUCAGGCGGUCCAAGGCCAAGCGCAAUAUUAUAGACCAAAUGGCGCUCCGGCUCCGUAUACAACUGAUUCUACCUCAUCCAGCCAGUUCCCUUCCCAGGCGGGUCCCGCGGGGGGCAACUUGCCUACACAGUCGCAACCCGCUUAUCACCCACCCCAACCACCGUCUGGCCAUCCAUAUCCUCAACAUUCUCCAUACCCAUCUGACUACCCCCGUCCCACCCCCAUAGUCCCUGUGACGGCUGAGACACCGGACUUUCUCACUUCGCCAUUUGAGGUCGAGCUGCCAUCAAUCGCACCCGCAGGACCGGCGCCUCCAAUCCCACCUAACCCAGAGAAAGAUGCACUGCUCCAUGCCGUGUCCCAGACGCUGGCAGAAACACUCCGUGCCAACGCCGCACAGUCCGACACAGCAGCACAAUCCCUAGUCUCGCAAUCACGAUCCUUGCAUGCCGCUAUGGCCACGCUACAGGGGGAGGUCUCGGCGCUCAAUGGUCUCCACGCAACUCUCCAGUCCAAUACUACUGUUUUACAGCAGUCCAUUCAUCGUGCUGACGCGACUAUCGCCGAUGCACAGUCUCGCGCUACCUCUGUCUCCACCGCUGGCACUUCUUCAACCCCCGCUGCUCCUGGCGAUCUCCCAUCCGGACUGCCUCCAAUUGAUGAUGUCCUGGUCGCCCCUACUGUGGUGGGGAAACAAUUGUAUGAUCUGGUCGCCGAAGAACAAGGCAUACAGCAAGCUCUUUAUGCACUUCAGGCUGCGCUAGUCCGGGGUGUCAUUGGUGUGGACUCCUGGUCGCGGCAUACACGUAGUUUGGCUCGUGAAGCCCUUCUCAAGCGGGCACUGAUUCGUAAGAUCGGCCGUGGAAUGGGGUUGGAAGAGACAGCGAUGUGA